AAUCCAAGAAGCAAAUAAUUUAACCAACCAAAAGAAUGAUUUACAAAAUCAAGUAAAUGAUUUAAAUCAACAAUUAACACUUGCUGAUAAUGCUAUUAAUACUCUCCAUCAAGAAUUAAAUCAAAGAGAUGGUGAGAUAAGAAGACUUGAAAACAAAAUAAGAGAAUUGGAAGAAAAACUAAACUUGCAAACCUCAAAUCUAACCCCAGAACAAAAAGAAAAAAACAAGCAAUACGUUCUCGAACAUUUGGACGAAUACACACUUGAUUCUCAUGGCAAUUUUGUCCUUUUCAGUCCUGACAUCGACCCCGAAGAUGAAGAAAUACAUUUUUAUUUUGGCAAAGAUAAAAUAAAUGAUUGGGAGAUUAUUUUUGAAAAGACAUCUUGGGGCUUUAUCAAAGGAAUAGAAGGUUUUCGACAUAAACCAAGCAAAAAGAGGAUAUAUGAAAAUGUUUUAUUUUAUGAUAUGUAUUACUACAUG